AUGUAAAAGUGAAAAUUAAGUAAAAUUACUUCAAUCCUACUUCAUUUUUCACUCCAUAAUGGAGUGAUGAACAAAAAAAAAAAGAUUACUCCAUUUAUAGAGUAAAUUUUAUUAUGGAGUGAGAUAUGAAGUUGAGUUGGAGCAUUCCUUACUCCAUAUUCACUUUUACUUCAUUUUAGAGGAAAAAAUGGAGUAGAGAUGGAGAUGCCCUAAGUUAUAUGUUCAAAAAUGAUGAUGUCUUUUGCUUGUUGUGCCUUUUAUCAUCUAUCAUUGACCUUUAUAUCGUUAGGGUUUGAUCAGUUUCAGUUGCUUACCUGUGUCCCAAGUUUAUUUUCAAAAAAAUAAUUAAUUAGUUAGAGAUAUUUUCUGCAUGGAUAAUCACGUUUGGUAGAAAACUCCAUCCAAUUAUAUCAAAUUUAAUCCAUUCUAUACAAAUUGCUAAACUAAGCAAAUCCGGUAUAUCAUGUACCAAGCAUUGUUUGUGGUAGAUGACGUAGUUUAUCAAUUGAAAUUUGGUUUAACAUCGAGAGCAACUCUCUCAUUCCCGGACAACUGAGCAUUAUUAGUCCACUACAGGCCCAAUAAACACCAACUAAUUAAUGUACCUUAGAUAUUGUUGUAAAUUUGCCUUUACGUAUUGUUAGAAAAACCUAACAAAACAAAUUUCGUAAUUAGUAGUCUCUUAGAUUCUAUGAGAUGGUUGUGAACUUCAUUAAAACCUUCUAUUUGUGCUUCGGUUACAAGUGAAGCCAUGUCAAUCAACAUAGAUACAAUAUUUGCUGGAGCUCCCAUAUGGCAUUGCGUCUUAAAGACACAAUCAAAAAAGAGAGAAGAGAGAAAAAAAUUCAAAAAGGAGAAGAAGAUACCCGUUUGAAAUAUAAAAAAUAUCAUUUUAGAAUUCCAAUACAAAUUAUACAUAUUUUCAUCUUCCCAUCCACCAUUAUAGAUUUUAUUUUCGAUGGUAAUAUUUAUAUGUUUCAUAAUAAGUGUCAUUCUAACAUUUUUUUAUUGAUGCACAAAAAAUGUCAUUUUAGAAUUUUAAUGCAAAUUAUACUUAAUUUCAGCUUAAAAUCAAAUAAUUUUAUUUAUCUCAAAUAGUAUUAGUCAAAUAUGUAUAACUAAUAACAACUUAAAUAAAAUUUAAUCAUUUUAUUAAUCUAUAUAAAAAAUGUCAAAGUGACACUUAUUAUGAAACUGAAUGAAUAUUAAACUUAGUAUACUCAGAAACUUAGUAUGUAAAGAUUUUAUUACAUCAGAAACUUUAUGAUCACAUUUUAAUUUUGUCUCACCUUAAGUAAGUAUUCUUUUUGACCAAAAGUAUGUGAUCCUUGGAUUAGAUUACUAAUUUACUACAUUAAAAAAAGUUAGUCACGUGAUCUGAAGCUUAAACGGAAGCGAACGUUUCUGAUUGGUUAAGACACAUCACACACACUUCAAUCUCACGACAUAAACACAAACGGGAAGAGAAAACAAAACGCACCGUGUCGGUCUUGCUCUGCAACGCCUCUCUUAUAUCUGUAGCCUCCUCUCUCUCUCUCGCUGAUUUUAUUAUUUACUCACGGGUCCAUCUCCGACUCUAACCAACAAAGCAAAACCGUUUCUUUUAGUUCUUACCUUCAUUUUCUAGACUCUCUUCGCAGUUUUGUCGGUAGACUCUCUCCUGUUUCGAUCACGAAUAUUGCUACUCUCUGAAUUGGAUCUGUUCAAUCGUGAUAAUGCACGAGAAUGAUGAUCCUCCGUCUGAUUCGGUAGCUGAUGAAAAUGUGAAUGAUGAUGAUCCUCCGCAGGACUCGCCUGAAUCUGUAGCUGCUGAUGUGAUUGAGAAUGAUGACGAGACAAAUGAGCAAGAGCUUGAUCCUGACCAGGGAACAGGUUUUGUUGAUAGUAAGGAAGACAUGUUUGUUGAUGCUCCUGAAGAGUUGAACUUUGACACACCUAGCAAAGAAGCUCUCACCACAGAUGCUGAUGAUAACAAUGAGAAGGAGGAGGAGGAUAGGGAGAAGGAACUUGUAGUGUUUCAGGAACAGUUUAACCUCUCAACUGGUGAGAACCAUUCCAAAGGCGAAGAAGAGAAGAUUCAUCACGAGGAUGCAUUCAAGGAGCUUCAAGGGAUUAUCAUUAAGAAAGACGAGGAGAUUGCUCACCUCACCGCAAAGAUCUCAGAGCUUUCUUCCUCUUCUUCCUCACAGGACGAGGAGGAGCAGCAGCUUGUUUCUGCAACGGAUAGGAUUCUGCUUUCUCUUAGUAACGUGUUUGGGCAAGAAGAGCCGCAGCUUGGCUCUUCCGUCUCUGAAAAGAUUACUAAUCUUGAAAACGGAGUUGCGUUUUUAAGCGCAAAGUACACUGAGUUUUACUACGGUGCUGAUCAAUUGAGGAAGUGUUUGUCUAGUGAUGAUGCUGAUCUUCGUUUCCAAGAGGAUUUUGGUUCAGCUCUCGGUGGUGCUUGCUCUGAGCUACUUGAGCUCAAGGAGAAGGAAGCAUCCCUUCACGAGAGGCUCACCCAUCUACAAGAUGAAAACAGGAAACUGGUUGAGCAAGUGAGCAAAGAUAGAGAAGUGAUUGAGUCCAUGAGGACAGAGCUUGAGCAGGAGAAGACAAGGUGUGUCAACACGAAAGAGAAGCUCAGCAUGGCUGUAACCAAGGGUAAGGCGUUAGUUCAGAACCGUGACGCGUUAAAGCAUCAAAUAUCUGAGAAAACAACGGAGCUUGAGAAUAGGUUGGCUGAGUUACAAGAGAAGACGGUUGCUCUUGAAACUUCUCAGUUACUCAAGGGACAGCUUGAGCAAUCUUUAGCUGAGAUGGCAGAUGAACUGAGUGAUAAGUCUGUAUCCUUGGAAGCAUGUGAGGUAGCAAAGAGAGGGUUGGAACAGUCUUUAGAUGAGAAAGCAAAAGAACUUGAAGAGUGUUUGAUGAAACUACAAGCAUUGGAUGAAUCAGAACUCAUCAAAGGCGAGUUAGUAAAAUCCGAAGCCAUCGUUGCGUCAUAUCAAGAAAUGGUGUCGUCAAAGAGCUCAAUCAUUGAAAACAUUGAAUCCAUCUUGCCACACGUUAAUGAUAGCUCUGACGAUAUCAUUGAGAAGGUUAGGUCACUUGUAGAAGAGAGGGAAGAAUACAACAGACUUAAAGAUAUGAACCUCUCCAUUGACUUACCUGAGGAGAUCUCCGAAUCCACCUUAGAAGCUCGCCUAACUUGGCUUAGUGAAUCAUUUUUACAUUCAAAGGAUGAAGUUAUCGCUUUGCAGAACCAGAUAGAAAGAUUAAGUACGUCUCUUUCGGCAGAAAUGGAUGAGAAAAGUAGCAUUAGAGAGGAGCUUGAUGAUAUAACUUUGAGGUUUAAAGCAUUGGAGGAAACUGCAGAGAGAGAUUCUUUGGAGAGAGAGGAAACUGUGAGGAGGCUUGUGGAAACCUCCGGCUUGAUGAUGACAGAAGGAGUUGAACAUCAUGCUGUCCUUGUUGAUAGAUCUUUUGAUCAGAUAGAAAAGAAACUCAGGGACUCUAGUGAGAGUUCUUAUGGCAACGAAGAAUCAUUUGAAAAAUUUCAAAGUCUCCUUUAUGCUAGUGGUCUGGAGUUAUCACUUUGUAAGGAAAUGUUAGGAGAGGGAAUGCUGGCUAGUUUGCAGGUAAGCAAUCUCUCAAACGAACUUGCUUCAGUGAAAGAAGAAAAACUUGCUUUGGAGACAGAUCUUGAGAGGUCAGAGGAGAAGUCUGCGUUGCUCAAAGACAAACUUUCCAUGGCUAUUAAGAAGGGUAAGGGGCUUGUUCAAGAUAGGGAGAAGUUGAAAGCUCAGUUGGAUGAGAAAAACUCUGAGAUCGAGAAGCUGAUGCUGGAGCUGCAGGAGUUAACUAGUACAGUUGAUAGCUACAAGAAUCAGAUAAGUACGUUAUCAGGAGACUUAGAGCGGACAAAGGAGCUAGAGGAUGAGCUUGUUGCUGUUAAAGACGAAAGAGAUGAACUUAAGCGGUCUUUAUCUCUGAAUGACACCUUGUUGCAGAAAGUGAUGAGCAUCCCUGUUGAUUUAGCAACUGAGGAUUCUUCAGAAAAGAUUGAGAGACUUGUUGGGUACUUCAAGGAAGUGCAGGAAGCUAGAGUGGAGGAACAAGAAGAGCAAGAAAAGGUAAAAGAAGAAGCAAGUACAUUAGCUAGUAAGUUAGCAGAAGCCCACACAACCUUGAAGUUGGUUGAGGAUGCCUUGUCUGCUGCAGAGGGUAACAUAGAUCGACUUGCUGAGGAGAAUAGGCAAGUUCAAGCUGCCAAGGAGCUUGUAGAACUUGAGCUGCAGAAAGCAGUUGGAGAGGCAUCCUCUCUGUCUAGCGAGCUGGAUGAAGCUUGUGCAAUUAGGAAUACACUUGAAGCUGCACUUAAGCAGGCUGAAAGGAAUAUAUCUGAUAUCAUCAGUGAAAAGGAAGAGGCUCAAAGCAGUACCGCUACUGCAGAGAUGGAGCUCGAGAAGGUUAAAGAAGAAGUAACAGAAGCACAUAGCACCAUACAAUCACUUAAAGAGACACUUGCUCAGACAGAAAGCAACAUGGAUUCGCUCUCCAAACAAAUCGAAGAUGACAAAGCUCUCACUACAAAUUUGAGGAAUGAGUUAGAGUUAGAGCGUAGCAAGAUGGCUGAGGCUUCCUUGACGAUAGGAUCCCUGGAAGAGGCACUGAUGAAGGCGGAGAAUAGCCUUUCUGUCUUGCAAGGAGAAAUGGUGAAAGCUGAAGUUGAGAAAUCAACUCUCAGUAGUAAACUUAAUGUGUGCAUGGAAGAGUUAGCUGGAUCAAAUGGAAAUUCCCAGAGCAAAUCUAUGGAGAUAAUUGCUCAUCUUGAUAAUCUCCAGAUGGUUCUAAAGGAUGGAGGGUUGGUUUCCAGGGUGAAUGAGUUUCUUGAAAGGAAAUUUAAGAGCCUUAGAGACAUGGAUGUCAUUGCUAGAGAUAUCAUAAUAAAUUCUGGUGAGAAGGGAUUGGCUGGGGAGAUGAACAACGUUACAGAGGAUGAUUCGACUGUGGCAGAAUCCUUGUUGAGUGGUCUUGAUAAUUCAGUGGAUACUGAGCUGGAGAAUAGCAAAGAGAAUAAUACAGCUGAUGAAGACGAGAUUUCUUCAUCCCUUAGGAAGAUCACGGAGGGAGUCAACCUUAAAAACAAAAUACUCGAGAAAAACUUCGACGUUUUCUCAACUUCCAUUGACACACUCAUUGCGGCUUUGAUGGAAAACAUGACAGCAGCAAGGGCUGAUGUGAUAAACGUCAAGGGUCAUAACGAGUCCCUGCAAGAACAGGUGAGGAGUGCUGAAGAUAUUCUCCGCGAAAAGGAAAACACUAUAGCUGCAUUAGAAACAGACUUGUCAUCUUUGAUGUCUGUAUGUGGCGAGGCUGCCAGCGAACUGCAGUUGGAAGUGAAAAAUAAUCUCCUAGAGUUGGUUCAGUUACAAGAAAAUGACAAUGGUGGUGAGACUGAAUCAACCGAACAUCCACAAGAGGAGCUUCAUGUAAGUGAAUGCUCCCGGAGAGCGAAAGAGCUAUCUUCUGCCGCAGAGAAGGCAUGUGCUACUCUUAAGCUAUUUGAGACAACAAGUAAUGCAGCUGCCGUACUCAUCCGAGAUAUGGAGGACAGACUAAAAGAAACAUCUACCGCUUUAGAAAAGGUUGUGUUAGAAAGAGAUCUGAACCAAACUGAGGUUUCAAGUUAUGUGGCCAAGGUGGAAUCUACAGAAGCGCUUUGCCAAGAUCUGAAACUUCAGCUGGAAAAUCUCAAAGCCGAAGAAGAGAAAUGGCAUGAAAAAGAGGUGGAGCUUUCUACAUUAUAUGAUAAACUGCAAGAGCAAGAAGCAAAGGAAAGCCUAAUUCCAGCUUCUGACAUACGUGCCCUUUUUGACAAGAUAAAUGGUAUUGAGAUGCCUUCAGUAGAUCAGACCAAUGAGUUAGACCUACAGAGUCCAUAUGAUGUAAAGAAGCUAUUCGCGGUUGUUGAUAGUGUCACCAAGAUGCAGCAUCAGAUAGACCUCUUAUCAUAUGAACAGAAAGAGCUCACUUCCACCUUGGCAGCAAAGGAUCUUGAAAUUCAAGGUUUGAAGGAGGCGGCUGAAGCAAAGAGUACGACCGAGCUAGAGCUAGUAAAGGCAAAUAAAGAAUUGUCCAAGCUUAUAUCUGGCUUGGAGAAACUGCUGGGUGAUGAUCCUGUUGUAGACCUAGACUUCUCCGAGUCAUGGACGCUCUUACAAGCACUAGAGAAGAAAAUAGCUUCCCUUCUACUUGAGUCAGAGAGUUCAAAAUCAAAGGCACAAGAACUUGGUUUAAAGUUAGUCAGCAGCGAAAAACUUGUGGAGAAAUUAUCACUAAAAGUCAAAGAGUUUGAGGAUAAACUUCAAAGCAAAGCUGUUCAGCCUGAUGUUGUUCAUGAAAGGAGCAUCUUCGAAGCACCAAGAGCGUCUUCUUCCUCAGAGAUAUCUGAGAUUGAGGACAAGGGAGCUCUGGGGAAAAAAUCAAUAUCAGCUGUGCCUACAGCAGCGCAAGUGAGAGUGGUGAGGAAAGCAUCGACGGAUCAUCUAGCAAUCAACAUAGAUUCAGAGUCCGAGCAUCUGAUGAACAACAACGAAGCAGAUGAAGAUAAAGGACAUGUUUUCAAGUCUCUCAACAUGUCUGGUCUGAUUCCAAUGCAAGGGAAGAUGAUAGCAGAUCGGGUUGAUGGAAUAUGGGUUUCAGGUGGAAGAGUAUUAAUGAGCCGUCCUCAAGCAAGGCUUGGCAUUAUGGUAUACAGUCUCUUAUUGCAUCUGUGGCUCCUAGCUUCCAUCUUGUAACAAGACAGGUGAUUUGAUAUCUCUUAGGCCUCUCUCACAUGAAACUACACACAACACAACACACACAAAUUGCUCUUUUUCCCUAUUCUUCCCAUUUUUUGUCGACCCCGUAAGAAGAGAAUGAUAUAGUUGUCGUCUUGUAUAUCCUGAAUAAUGUCUCAGCCUUUUUUCAUCUAGUUCUUCGGUUUCAUAGUCCUAGAAUAUUUAAUUAGGACUCGGUACGUUAUUAAAGGUGGUUUUGUCUUGAACAUUUGUUCCAGGACUUGAGAACAGUUUUGUGCCUUUUGCGCCUGUUAAGACGUUUAAUUUUGUAA